AUGCGUAAAAUUAAGAAAAAUAAGGAAAAGAACACUCAAAGUGAAAUAAUUAAAGAUAAUGAAAUAGUAGAUACCUCUACUAAUGAAAUCGAGGACAAUGCGAAAACUGCCCUCAAAAGUGAAGACUAUCGUAAUAAGAGACCUUUAGAAGAUCAUGACUCUGAUAGUGGUUCAGAAGUAAAGUCUAAGAAACCUAAGAAAAAAAAGAAACAGGUUGCACCAGUUGAAGAAACUACAGAAAAUGGAAAGAAACAAAAAAAGUCAAUACGUCAGAUGAAGAAAGAACGGCAUGCACAGAGACAGGCUGAAGUUGAAUUGGCAGCUAAAGACCAACUGAAAUCGCAAUGCCUUAAUUAUUUGUCACAGUGGAAGCAUAACAAGCAAAAUUGGAAGUUUAUGAAAGCUAAACAAGUUUGGCUUUACAAAAAUAAAUUUUCAAAACAACUAUUACCUGAAAAUUCAUGGCCCCUUCUAUUGGAGUACUUUGAAUCAUCUCAAGGCAAUAUAAGAAAAAUGUUACUUGAUGAUGCAAAUAAAAUAAUAAAACAAAUGGAUGACUGGACAGAGUCACAAGGUAAAAACAGUGACAAUGAAACAGAUGAAACAGAUUCAAAUAAACCAGAUGAUGUUACUUAUAAUAGAGCAAGAAAUUUAAUACAAUGUUUACAAGAAUGA